AUGUUACUUCCAUGUGAUUACUUCACAAGCGAAUCAGCCAAACCAAAACCUCGACAACGCAGAAUACCUGUUCAAGACACAUCCGUUGGCGAGAACGUUGUUGACUCAUCCGAUGACGAAGAUGCAUUUCCUUCCGUGUCACGUGGAUUGCGAGUGGAACUGCAAAAUUCGAGUGAUGCAAAACGACCAAUCGUGAAAGAACCAGAAACGCGACAACACCAAUCAAGCGGGGUUGAGGAUAAUGUGGUUGAAGAACAACUGGUAGAUGGAGAAUACCAGCUAAGCGGUUCUGAAGAUAAUACAGUUCAGGAACAACUCGUAGAUGGCGAAGACCAACCUGAUGAAGCAGAACCCGAUAACGUUCCAAACAACGAUCCUGUAGCAGGUACAGAAGAAACAGUAGAUGCUAAUGUUGCAAAUCGUCCCCAGAGAAAUAGACAACCUCCACAACGUCUCGUGUAUUACGCACCUGGACAUGCAUCCUGUUAUCAUUGUGGAGCCAUGAUUUCGCAAUUCCAGCAACCAAUCGCACAACCUUACCAAUUCCAGCAACCAAUCCCACAACCUUACCAAUUCCAGCAACCAAUCCCACAACCUUAUCAAUUCCAACAACCAAUCCCACAACCUUACCAAUUCCAGCAACCAAUCCCACAACCUUAUCAAUUCCAGCAACCAGUCCCACAACCUUAUCAAUUCCAGCAACCAGUCCCACAACCCUAUAGUUUCCAGCAACCUGUUCCUCAACUUUAUCAAGUCCCGAUGCCAACACAACAUCCAUGGUCUUACAAACUACCACAUGUUUCCCAUGCAGUUGUGAUAGGAUACGAAGACUGA